AUGACAAACAGUGAGGGAAGUCGCGCUUCACAAGGAGAAUGGUUGAGGGUGAAUCAAGCAAUGCAAGGGAAAGAAGGCUUAAGAUGCAAGCCGAUUUGGAGAGGAUGGAAGAGGAUGGAAGAUCUGAUGCAGAGGGAUAUGUCUACUCUGAGGAGACAGUCUGAGAGUGAGAGAUUGAGGGAAGAAAGGAGAACCAAGAAGAGGAAUGACCCAUUAGUAGUGAGAAUGACAAGAGGGAACCAAGAUGAGCCAUGGAGGAGGCCGACAGAGGAGGAGGAUGAGCUCCCCAUGUACCAAGAGCACUACAAUGCUCUCUUCUCCAUGGACUUCAUGGAGACCAAGUACCCACAUGUUGACACAAUGAAGGCCCUUGGAAUCUUUGAGGAUGUGGAGUUGGUCUCAAGAACAUGCACUUGGCCAAGCUUUUCUCUUACCACAUGGAAUCCUACAAGGAGCUCACUUGCGAGUUCUUAG